GGGACAGGGAUGAAGAUAAAUAGUGAGGGAAUUGUUACAGGUAUCUUUCUUCAUUUCUCCAGAAAAGAGCAUCUCCACUGAACAGAUGGAGUGUAAUUGUAAUUCCUCUCUGGGUCCUUUUUCCUCGACUUACUGGAGCAGAACAGUGCUUUUCCCUGAUUGGGCGUAUAAACCAGCGUGCUCUCCAGGCUCGCGGCAGGUGCAGUUGUGGCACUUCCUGUUAGAGCUGUUGGGGCGUGGCGAAGGCGGAGCUAUCACGUGGGGCAGCGAAUGGGGAGAGUUUGUAAUCAGAGACCCAGAGAGAUUGGCUAAACUGUGGGGGGAGAGGAAGGGCAAGCCACACAUGAAUUAUGACAAACUCAGCAGAGCUUUAAGGUAUUAUUAUAAUAAGCGAAUUUUGCACAAGACCAAAGGAAAACGUUUCACCUACAAGUUUAAUUUCAGCAAACUAGUCUUAGUGAAUUACCCAAGUUUUCCAACCUACCCACAGAAUACAGCAUCUGUACCUUUCUCUGCCUUUCCUUCUCAUCUUUCAUUCUACAACCCUUCUAUUGACAGGGCUGUGCAGUCAAUUUCUCAUCCCCUUCUGCUGCCAUACAGCUUCCCCAAACCCCUCCCCUUUCCUCAGGCACAUCCAAUCCAAAGGCAAUUUCCCCUCUUUUCUGGACCGCCUUCUUCAGUGACUAACCUAUCAGAGCUCUCCUGCCAGUCACCGGUCAACUCCACCCUGCAGUUCACCCAGACUUUAAACUGGCCAGUCAAAAGCACAGAGUGGCCUUUCAACCGAGUCAUGGGAUUACAAGAGAGGAUUAAAAGUGGAGCACAAGACAAAAACCAUGACAAUGAAGAAGAAAACAAAAGAAAAUCCUGAUAUGCAUUAGAAGUUUU